UGUAACUCUCCAGUGACUGGCUGAAUUAGGUAUACUUUUAACAAGACAACCUAUACAAAAAGCUGAACAUGCUACAGCUGGUUGUUAGCAGAGCGUUGAAGACCCAGGCCUAUCGCCAUGAUGAGAAUAUUCUGGAGGGGAAACCGGUCACAUACAGACAGAUAACUGUGCCCCAGCAUGGGGGCAAGGAAUACUGUACGGACACAGGUCUGGUGGUUCCCACCGUGCCCUAUGAGCUUCAUAAACAACUUCUAGCAGCUGCAGAGCGCUGGGGUCUUUCUCUUGAGCGCAGGCUAGAAGCAGUCGGUGUUUGUUCCAGUCAGAUGGCUCUCACAUUGCUAGGUGGACCGAACAGGCUCACACCAAAAAAUGUCCACCAGAGACCCACCGUGGUCCUUCUGUGUGGUCCCCAUGUUCAGGGAGCCCAAGGCAUCAGUUGUGGUAGGCACUUAGCCAACCAUGAAGUGGAGGUGAUCUUGUUCCUGCCUAAUUUUGUCAAGAUGCAAGAGUCGGUAACCAGUGAGGUCAACCUCUUCAGCAAGACAAGCGGCAAGCAGGUCUCCAGCGUCAAAGACUUGCCCAUGAGCCCAGUCGAUCUUGUCAUCAACUGCUUGGACUGCCAUGAGAAUCCACUGCUGAAAGAGCAGUCCUGGUACCAAUCUGUUGCUGACUGGGCCAACAAGAACCGUGCUCCAGUCCUAAGUAUUGAUCCCCCAGUCAGUGGGCAGCCUCAGAGUGUGGACGCAAAGUGGACCCUCUCUUUAGGACUUCCACUGCCUUUAGCAGACAAAGACAGCAGAGUCUACCUCUGUGAUAUUGGCCUCCCUAAGAUGGUUUACCAAGAAGUUGGAAUCAACUACCACUCACCUUUUGGAUGCAAAUUUGUCAUCCCUCUGCACUCAAUAUAACAGAGUCUAUACUUAUUGGUGCUUGGAGUGAAUGGGUAAUUUGAGUGUGCAGACAAGCAACAACAUGCCCCAAGCAAAACUGUGUUGCAAUAUGUAUGAAACUUAUUGAUACUUUUGGAAGCAUCAUUGGAAAGAAUAAACUGUGUGUUACGUUGUGUGUGACACCUUGUUUUGGAAGGGGAGAGGUUUCCUGUUCUUUGUGCGUUCUGAUAAGGGCUCUGUGGUGAUGUGAAUAUGUUUACAAAAUGCUGACCACUGUGAGUCUAUCUUUGACCUCUGACCUUGUGACCAGUCAAAGUAGCAAAUACACAGUUCCUAUUUCCUUCUUUAAAUUGCAUGUGGAGUCAGGUCCUGACUCCCGGACCUGGAGUGGCGCUCAACCUAAAGCUGACUGCCAGUCAAAACUGCCGUUCAUCUUCCACAGUUUAGGUCUGUGCCCAUUGUAUUUCCAUAUGUUGUAUUGUUUUUUGUUUUUUUACUGAAAAGGGUGCUCUUUGUCAAAUAAAUUGUGUAGCAUGUUCGAUUGAAAAUGUGAUAUUAUACAGAAUCUAUAUUUUUAUUUAUUUUUUUGAACACAUCUCAGGAAUAACUUGUUAAAAAGGUGGAAAAACAGAAGUUUAUAUUUUCAUUGACAUUGUGGUAGCACUCUUUCUACACUAGUUGGUGUCUUUAGUUCGUAGUAGUUUUCUACCACUUUGAUUUUCCAAGUAUUACUGCUAUUUAUUGUGGCGUUGUUGUUGUUAUUACUAUUUGCAUAACAUUUUCCUUUUUGGCACUUGCAGUUAAAUUACCUCUCUAACUGACUUGCUCUUGGUCAUCAUGAAAAUUUUCUGUUAAAGCUAACAUUUCAGCAAAAUGUUAACUGUACCUGAACAAAAAAGUCUGUAUUUUAUUUCCAAAACUGAAGCUGUGCACUUUUGAAAUGGAGCAAUAACAGUUUUUCAAAAGCUCAUAAGUCUGGUUUUAUGAACGUUUUUUUGCAUCAAACAAAUGUAGUUGAAAUGUAAGGGUAUAAAUAUGAAGGCUUUGCAGUUUUACACUUUAUGUACUCAGUUAACUUGUUACAUUUGUAAAUAACUGUUCCUUGUUUUUUGUACUUCAUCUUAGGUGUCUAUACACAUUUCUUUUUGUGCUUUUGCUGAUUUGUCAUUUUUGUUAGAACAUGGCAAUAGGUAUUUUGCCAAAAACAAUAAGAAGGAAUCAAGGAAUUUGUUUAGAGUGAGUGAAUUGCAUAAAAAUAAAUAUUCACAAUAUCAAAGUGACCACUCAGGAUUACAAAGGUCACAGUGACUACAGCCUCUUGUGUAUUCUCACCGUUCAUUGUUUUCAUUGUAGCAGAGACUAAAAUGUGAUCAUGACUGUCAUCAGUUCACGUUUUAAAAUAUGCCUUGGAUUUUUGAUUGUGGAGAAGUCUUAUUUUGAGAUUCAUUGGUGUAAAGGGGGAAAACGGAGAAGA